AAAAACAGCGUGUUCGUCGUUCCGAUUGGUGUAGUUUGAAAUUUCGGAACGCGUGUCGCGGUCGCUCCCAAAAAAGUUAGUUUUCAAGUAAUUUUGCCUCACAAAGCAAGACAAAAUGCGGAAAAAGGCCGGCCGCCGGAACAAGAAGAAGGGCGGCAGCCGCGUGAAGCUGGUCGCGCCCCAGAUGGAGGAGGAACCGGCGGCGGUGAAGAACGCCCCGCACACCUUCGUGAUUCACCGCGGCGAACGGUGCGCCUCGGUGGUGGCCCUUUCGCGCGACUUCCGGCACAUGAUGGAACCGUUCACGGCCAGUUCGCUGCGGGAGCGGCGCGUCAACAAGAUCAAGGACUUUGUGAACCUGUCCGGGUUCUUUCACGUCUCGCACAUGUGCCUGUUUUCGCUGUCCCCGCAGACACUGUCGCUGAAGAUUGUCCGCAUGCCGAAGGGACCGACGCUGACGUUCCGGGUGACGCAGUACACGCUGGCCAAGGACGUCAUCAAGCUGUCCAAGAAGCAGUUUGUGGACGAGGAAAGCUUCAAACAGGCUCCGCUCGUCAUCCUGAACAGCUUCAGCGGCGAGGGAAGACAUCUCAAGCUGAUGGCCUCCACCUUCCAGAACAUGUUCCCCCCAAUCAAUCUGUCCACCGUGCAGUUGAGUUCGCUCAAGCGAGCCGUCCUGCUGUCGUACAAUCCGGUGUCGAAGCUGAUCGAUCUGCGGCACUACGCCGUAACGGUCGUGCCGGUCAACCUGAACAAGGGCGUCAAGAAGGUCGUCACGCGCAACAUCCCCAACAUGGCCAAGUUCGACGACAUUGCCGACUUUGUCGAGAAGGGCCACCUGUUGUCCGAUUCGGAGUUUGACGACGAAGAAACGCACGUCGUCCUCCCACAAAAUCUGCGCCGCGGAAACCUCGCCGACAACAAAUCCUCGCUGCGCCUCCACGAAAUCGGCCCCCGUGUCACGAUGCGGCUGAUGAAGAUCGAGGACGACCUGCUGACCGGCGAAGUCCUUUACCACGACUACAUCCAGAAGAACGCCAUCGAAGUGGAGGAACUGCGCAAGAAACGGGCCGCCAAGAAGCGUCUCAAGGAGCAGCGCAAACUCAAGCAAGAAAAGGACCAAAAGAAGAAGGAAAAGGAAAAGGCCGAACACAAGGCCAAAACCGGAACCAUCAACGAGCACGAUCGUCAGCUGCUCAAGGACGCCGAAGAGGCCAUCGCGGACGACUCGGACGAGGACGACACCCGUUACUACAAGGACGCCGUCGGUGUGGCGCCGGAAAAGGAACUGUUCGACGGGCAGAGUGGCAACCGGAAACGGCCGUACAUCCCCAAGGGAUCGAACUAUUCGCUCAAGCCGAAGAAGCCCCGGCUGGACAAGCGCAAGGAGUUCGAGGAGGAUGAUCGCGAGGCGAGAAAGGGUGGCAAAUUUAGAAAGGGUGGUGGGCGUGAUGGUGGCAAGGGCAAGAAGGGUGGCGGCAAAUUUACGGGGAAGAAAACGGGAGACGAUUACAAGGGCAAGGCGAACUAUACCGGGGGAAAGAAGGGAGGUGGGAAGGCCGGCGGGAAUCGGGGAAAGUCGAACUUUAAGGGAGGCAAGAAGAAGUAAAGUUUAUUGAUUAUGUUGAGCUACAAACAUAGAAUUAUAAUUGAAAAUUUUA